AUGGAUAAUCUUUUAACAAGCAUAAAAUUGUUUACCACUCUUAAGGAUCUUGGAAUAUGGGCUGUUGGAACCAUUCGUAAUAACCGCUUGCAUGGUGCUGAAAAAGUAAUGUUUAAAAAAAAAGAACUAGAAAAAAUGGGACGUGGCUCAUUAGAUUACCGGGUCGAUUUUAAUUCUAACAUAACAGUUAUACGUUGGAUGGAUAAUGGAGUGGUACAACUAGCAUCUACAUUUAUUGGUCCAUCCUUAGGAGAUUCAAUUAAUCGCUGGUCUAGCAAAGACAAAGUUGUUGUAAAAGUGUCUUGCCCAGAUAUGAUACAUCAGUAUAAUAAGCAUAUGGGUGGGGUUGACUUAUGUGAUAUGUUGAUGGCAUUGUAUAGAAUUAAGCUAGGUACAAAAAAAUGGUAUAUGCAUAUAAUUUAUUAUUGUAUCAAUGUAGCAAUAGUGAAUGGUUGGAUUUUAUAUAAAAGGCAUUGUAAACAAAAUGGAUAUACUAGGAAAAACAUAAUUCAACUAUUAGAGUUCCAAACACGCAUCGCAGACUCUUUAUUAAGAGAAAAAAAAGUUUCUCGAGGCAGACCAAGAAGUGAUACACCUGUUGUAAAAAAAAAACGCUGCGCAGUAAAUGCUCCAGCUAAGGUAAUCUGCUUAGACAAUGUUGGUCACUUGCCUAACUUUUCUGAAAGACAGCAACGAUGCAAACAUUGCAAGUCUGGGUAUAGUCAAAUAAUUAUAAUCCAAUUAAUCACUGUUGACGAUGAAGAACAUUUAUCAUUUAACAGAAAUAAAAGCUAUAUUUUAUCAAUGUUUUUAAAUGGAAAAUCAGACUGGGCUACAUUUAAUUUAAAUCAACGUAUUGUCGGUGAAGAAAUAUUGAAACAAUGGACAAUUUAA